AUGGCUUAUACGUCGCUUCAAAUACUUAAGAGUAUCCAAUACUUUAAAGCCACAAACGAAGUAUCAAAGAUCUUCCCGAGAGUAUUGAAGAUCUCUUCUUGUACCAAUGGCCUGCGAACCUAA